UUGAGCGUCUCGAGCGCUCCACGGAAUUAACGGCAGCAGCACGAGCGCAUUAAGCUGCGCGGGGCCGCGAGCGGAUUGUCCACCAUAUCACCGGGAACAUGAAGAUGGCACUGAACAGGUCGCCCUCUGCCACGGAAAAUUGGAAUGGGGCCCCUGAGCGCAUGCGCGUUUCUGGCGUGAAGAGUGAGUCCUCUUCAAUGCAGAGCGAGAAACUCCGCUGUCUUGCCCGAGAUAUCUCUGAACUGGGCCAGCAGGGCACGGCCAGCAGCGGGCAUGAUGCCAACGACAUUGCUGAGGACACGGAGGAGCCGGGCCCUGGUCCAGGAGGAGGGCUGUGUUUUGCAGACGGCUGCAGAAGAGUGGACUACGUUCUUGUUUAUCACUCCAAGAGACGUCAGUCCCAACACCGCCUCUCUGUUGUCUCUAACGGUAACGUGCCGUCUCAAAGCCACACCCCUUCACGCAGGAGUACGAAGGGCGAUAUUUUGGAGGCAGUGCUGGAGGCGGGGCUUGCAAUGGAACCCGCCAACGAACUACAAGAUAAAAUUAGAGAGGAAUUUGAAAGAGGACUUCAGGAGGAAGGCUUGGAGAUUGAACAUGACAAAGAGAUGAGAACGGUCCGGUUUACCCGUCUCCAUGUUCCCUGGUCCGUUCUCAGUCGUGAGGCAGAACUUCUUAAGAUCAGAGUGCCGACUAAAAAGACAUAUCAGCUGAAAGAGAAGACGGGGCUCAUGGGCGUAAUAAACUCUUUUUGGACGAAGAUAAAUCAGCUGUUCCAGCCGGGCGUACCGGAGCCUCAAGACCCACGCACACGGGUGCUAUCCCAACCGUUCAGCAGAGACAAGCUACACCUAUUUGAUAUAAAGUCGAAAAACAGCUUGUUCAGCAAUGCAAUACGAGGUCGAAUUGUUUAUGAAAUUCUGAGGCGCACCGCCUGCACACAGACCUGUCAAACUAUGGGUAUUGCAUCACUGCUAGCUAAAGGGGUUUAUGAUUCUGCCUUCCCUCUGCAUGAUGGAGACUUUGACAGCUCAGAAGAUAAAGAGCAUCGCAAUGACAGACAGAUGCUGCAUGAGGAAUGGGCCAAUUAUGGUGCUUGCUACAAAUAUCAGCCAAUGGACCUUAUAAGGAAGUACUUUGGAGAGAAGAUUGGCCUGUAUUUUGCCUGGUUGGGAGUGUACACACAGCUGCUGAUUCCAGCCUCGGCUUUAGGAGUCGCAGUAUUCUUGUACGGCUGCCUCACCGUAGACACCAAUGUGCCCAGUCAAGAGAUGUGUGAUGAGCGUCUUAAUUUCACCAUGUGUCCUCUAUGUGAUCGUGUGUGUGAUUACUGGCAGCUGAGCAGUAUCUGCAGUACGGCGCGUACCAGCUAUCUGUUUGAUAACCAUGCCACAGUGGGCUUCGCCAUCUUUAUGUCCCUCUGGGCGGCAGUGUUUCUAGAACACUGGAAGAGGAGGCAACGAUGUUUACAGCACAGCUGGGAUCUGACAGGCAUGGAAGACGAUGAGGAAAGGGCUGAGAAUGAGCUACGACCAGCAUAUGAGGACUUUCUUCUUAAGAAACAAGAGAAGAAGGCAAAGAAUAAGAAGGAAGAGCCAAACGCAGGAACGGAUGACAAAGGAAGAGAGAAGCUACUGUCUGCUAAAGGAGGACAGUCGCCGCUUGCCUCUGAGUCUUUGUCAUGGACAGACAGGCUGCCAGGGUACUGCAUCAACAUAUCCUCUAUCCUCCUUAUGGUUGGGGUCACGUUCUCUGCCGUAUCUGGAGUGAUUCUCUACCGUAUCAUUGUGUUUGCUGUUAUGUCAAUGAACCCUGACCAUGAGGCCAAGGCUAAUGUGCGUGUAACCGUGACAACCACCGCUGUCAUCAUCAACUUGCUGGUGGUUCUGGUGCUGGAUGAGAUCUACGGCGCUAUAGCGGCCUGGAUUACAGAGCUUGAGAUUCCAAAGACUGAAUCGACAUUUGAGGAGCAUGUGAUCUUGAAAGCUUUUUUGCUGAAGAGCAUGAAUGCAUUUGCACCUGUCUUCUAUGUGGCCUUCUUUAAGGGCAGGUUUGCCGGUCGCCCGGGUGACUAUGUUUAUGUCUUUAAGGAUUUCCGCAUGGAAGAGUGUUCUCCAGGUGGUUGUCUUAUUGAAGUGUGUAUUCAGCUUGGAAUCAUUAUGUUGGGAAAGCAGCUCAUUCAGAAUAAUGUGUUUGAAAUUGCCAUUCCAAAGCUGAAGAAGAUGUAUCGCACAUAUAAGGAGGAGAAAGAUGGAUCGGCAGAUGAGGAGGACAAAGAUUCGAAACGAGAACCACAGCGCUGGGAUUUGGACUAUGAUCUGGAGCCAUAUGAAGGAUUGAGCCCAGAGUACAUGGAGAUGGUUAUUCAGUAUGGAUUCGUCACACUUUUUGUGGCCUCCUUCCCGCUGGCACCAGUCUUCGCUCUGCUCAAUAAUGUCAUUGAAAUCCGACUAGAUGCGGCAAAAUUCGUCACUGAAAUACGCAGACCUGAUGCAGUCAGUGCUAAAGAGAUUGGCAUAUGGUACAACAUCUUGAGUGGAAUCAGCAAGUUUGCUGUCAUUACAAAUGCAUUUGUGAUCUCCUUUACAUCUGAAUUCAUUCCUCGGAUGGUGUAUCAGUAUUUGUACAGUGAGACAGGCACCAUGCAUGGUUAUACCAACCACACACUGGCUUAUUUCAACACAAGGAACUUUAAACCUGGCACUGCCCCGCAUGACACCGACUUUGACAGACAACUCCGUAUUUGCAGGUACAAAGACUAUCGAGAUCCACCUUGGUCUCCUGAAGCUUACCAGCUUUCUAAGCAGUACUGGUCUGUGCUCGCUGCACGCCUGGCUUUUGUCAUUUUUUUCCAGAACUUGGCCAUGUUCCUCAGUAUGCUGGUGGCAUGGUUGAUCCCAGAUGUGCCUCGUUCUCUGAAGGAGCAGUUGAAGAGAGAAAAAGCACUCAUGAUGGAUCUUCUGCUCACCGAGGAGGCAGACAAGCAAUGCACCCAGUCACACCCAUUGACAACUACUAACAAUGAUGUCGUCAUCAAGUGUCUAGGGGAAGGAUCAUCGGAGGAGCUGCCUGUCUGCAGUGGGGUAUUGCUAAGCCAGUCAGAUGAAGAGCUGAAAGAACUACAGGUGACCAACGGAGAGGAGGAAGAGCUUGAGGAACAAUCAGCAGAGGAACCCAUCGCAUCCACCAGUGAUCUGCCUGAUAGGCCUCAACCUUCGACCUGUGAAAGUCUCAAUACAACUUCAGAGUCCCUGUCUAAGGUAGCCUGUCAUGAUGAAUCACCCACCACACCUUUAGCAUGUUCAAACCAGUCCAUUCAUUCAAUCAAAACCGGCUCACUAUCACGGCACCGAGAGUUCGACUCGAAUGAACCUCCACCUCGAGACCCAAGUUCUAGAGCUAAGAGCCGUUGCCAAACUCUUCCGUCAAGGCACAGAGGACCUGAAGCUGAAGCGCAUGUAACCAGACCUAGCCACUCGACAACAUUCACACAUCUUGACCAGAAAGUUCCUCCAUCCUCUAGUGAGCUCAGCCGAAUGGUCUCUAGAGGACCAUCUAAAACCAAGCCCUCUGAAAGCCAAAUGUCUGUCUCAGAUUCACUGGAUUCAGAGCUCACAAGCAGCCAUUCCAUCUCGCUCCCUCGCUCGCCAUCCAGACCGGAGCUUGCUAGCAGCCUUUCGACAGUCUUGCCACGUCCUCCUUCGAAACCAGAGCUUGUGGGCAGCCAGUCAACAGGACUACCACGGCCUCCCUCCAAACCAGAGCUGAUGGGAAGCGCAACGAAAGGGCUUCCACCUCCUGAUCCAGGCUCGAAAGUUAAGGCCCGAUGCCAGACUCUUCCUCCGAAGUAUAGAGGCGCAGAGACUUCUGAGGAGACGAAGACCAGACCUAGUCACUCAACCACCUUCACACACCUCAGUCAACAGAUCCCCCCCUCACCCAGUGAUCUCAAACGUAACACUCCCGUAUGAGUGGGACAAGAUGAAGUGGAACAACACUCCACCUUUUCAGCACCUUGCAUCCGAUCACCAUUCUCAGUGCCAGGCAACCCAUGCCAUCAACAACUCAUCUUUGACUUCUCAAUGGUGACUGAACAAGCAUCUUCAGUAACUCUGGAUGUAGAUCAAUUGUUGAUGGCUUGGUGGAGGUUCACUUGGUUGGUUAACUAGGCGAACUUCUUUUGCACAGAAUCACCAACUUUAUUGGAGGACCGAGUGCAGACUUGUGCAUUCUGGGUAUUCUUCUGGAGCCAUUUGACAUGGCUCGAUGACUCUUAAACAUUGUCUUAUACUGUGACUUGCCAUUCUCUCUUUCACAUAUAAACUCCUGUACAGACAUACGCAGAUAUACACACACCAAAUCUCAUUAACCUGACCUCUUGAACCAGAACAGGUGAGAAGAGAGAGAGGCUUAGGAAUAUGGGCCAAAGGGCUUUGCAGUCCAUACGAUUUGUUACUCAGCAAGUGGAACUUUCAUUUCGUGGUGUGUUCUUUCAUGAGUUUUGCUAACAUGUACUUAACCAGAAUAAUAACUAAAUGUGAACUUAUUAACACAAUACGUCAGCUUAAGAAUGAGCCAACUUGUUUGUGGAAUUGUCUAUUUGUCUUUGGUGGCAACAUCUGUAGUGUCUCAUCCAUAUGGCAAGUUAGCACGUAGCUUGGCAGCACACUCAUGACAUGAUAAAGAAAUGGAUUGUUGAAAUGGAUUCAAAGCCAAUUAUGUUGUACAUUGCAAAUACACUGUAGUAUUUUACAUAAUCCCAUUUAGCACUAUGCUAGCACAGCUAAAGCUAAUGUAAAGCAUGCUAUAUUUAUAUUCAAUGUGAAGAGGUUUUCAGGGAUUUAGACCCAAUCGUCACUUUUAAUGUUGUUCCUCACUAACGGGGGACAAAAGGUAUGAAUGCAUACAGGCCACGUUCACACUGCCAAGUUUUUGAAGUGACAAAUGCAUUUAUUUGAAGGAAUGAAUAGCUCAAUUAUCGCUCCAUUUGUGUAAGGAAUUCAAGUGUCAAUCCUACCAUUCCAAGCAAGCAAUAGUUAAUGUCUCACAGCUGUAAAGAUACAUGCCAGCAGUUUAGCCUGUUUAGUGUUUUCUAUUUUUCCGCAAACUAAUAUUAGCGUACUGAGAUGUAUUCGUGUCUGGCCAUUUUUAAUGCGUCAUUAGUUGUCACUAAUAAACAAACUCUGUGUGUACAGAACAGGAUUAAGGGAUUAGUUCACCCAAAAUGAAAAUAAUGCCAUAAUUUACUCAACAUGAUGUCGCUCAAGCCAAUAUUAGUUUCUUUCAUCCCUGGUACACAAAAUAAGAAAUUAUGUUGAGUGUCCAGGCGUCUCUCUUUGAUGUAAUAAAGUGAAUGGCUAUUUAUCAGUGUUGAGGGUAACGCAUUACAAGUAACGCGAGUUACGUAAUAAGAUUACUUUCUUCAAGUAACUAGU